AUGGGGAAGAUGGCGGCGGCAUUGGGCUCCGUGGCGACGCUGGCAGCUGAGCCUGGGGAGGAUGCAUUUAGGAAGCUUUUCCGCUUUUACCGGCAGAGCCGCCCCGGAACCGCAGAUCUGGGAGGGGUCAUCGACUUCUCGGUGUCCCACGCAGCCCACGGCACGGGACCUGGUGCACCCAAGGUGGUCAGAUCUCAGCUGAAUUUGUCCUCAGUCAGUGACUGUGAUGCACUCAGAGCAGGACUUCAGCCGGUCAGCAAGUGGCAAGCCUACGGACUCCAAGGCUAUCCUGGAUUUAUUUUUAUCUCAAACCCCUUCCUCCCAGGUUACCAGUGGCACUGGGUAAAGCAGUGCCUUAAGUUAUAUUCCCGGAAACCUAAUGUAUGUAACCUGGAUAAGCAUAUGACUAAAGAAGAGACCCAGGAUUUGUGGGAACAGAGCAAGGAGUUUCUAAGGUGUAAAGAAGUGAAUAAACGGAGACCCCGAAGUUUGCUAGAGAAACUGCGCUGGGUGACCCUUGGCUACCAUUAUAACUGGGACAGUAAGAGGUACUCAGCAGGUCAUUACACGCCUUUCCCUUCUGACCUGGCUUUCCUCUCAGAGCAAGUGGCUGCCGCCUGUGGGUUUCAGGGUUUCCGAGCUGAAGCAGGCAUCCUGAACUACUACCGGCUACACUCCACACUGGGCAUCCACGCAGACAGGUCUGAGCUAGAUCACUCCAGACCCCUGCUGUCUUUCAGCUUCGGACAGUCUGCCAUCUUUCUCCUGGGUGGCCUCAAAAGAGACGAAGCCCCCACCCCCAUGUUUAUGCACAGUGGUGACAUCAUGGUAAUGUCAGGUUUCAGCCGCCUGCUGAACCAUGCAGUCCCUAGGGUCCUUCCCAGUGCAGAAGGGGACAGCCUGCCUGGCUGCCUCGGGACGCCUCUCCCAGCUGACCUGCCCAGAGACUCAGUGGUGGAGCCCUGUUCUGUGGAGGACUGGCAGGUGUGCGCCAGCUACUUGAAAACUGCUCGCGUUAACAUGACUGUCCGGCAGGUGCUGGCCGUGGGUCAGGACUUCCCUUUGGAACCCACGGAGGAGAAUAAAAGAGACAUCACCGCGGAAGGUUCCUGCCAUCUGGAUGAUGACAGUAGCCACGUCAAACGAGCGAGGUUCAGCCCUGACUGCUGA